UUUUUUUUUUCAUUAUUAUUUAAAGAAAUAUUAAAAGCUCGUUUAAUGUUCUUUAUUAGUUUUGUUUAUUUAAACUAUAACCUAUCAUGGAUUUUGACAAGCCUAUAUUACAGCAAAUUGAACAAAUAUCUCAUAAGGCAAUAGAGUAUGUCUCUGAUAGAUCUAAUUUGGAAAAAAUAGGAAAAAUAACUGCUAUUUCAAUAGCAACUUAUGUGAUUGCUGAUAAACUAUAUGUGGCAUUUUUCGGUCCACUGAGUAGAGUUCCUGGACCUUUUUAUACACGAUUUUUAUAUAUGCCAAAGUUUUUAUAUGAUAGACCCAGUGGAACAUUAUAUAAAACAUUUUUAUCCCUUCAUGAUAAAUAUGGUGAUAUGGUUCGUAUUGGCCCCAACACAAUCAGUAUUGCAAAUAAAGACUUACUUAAACAAGUUCUUGUUUCUGAUGAUCUUCCUAAAGGUCCAAUUUAUAAAAUCCUUGAAGGCAAUGGAAAGCAUUCACUCUUUAGCUCAACAGAUCCAGUUUGGCAUAAGCAAAGAAGAAAGAUUGUGUCUCCUGCAUUUUCAAUUAGAUAUCUCAACUCCCUUGAACCCUUUAUGAUCUCUGUGACACAUUCUUUGAUUAAUAGAAUAAAUGAAGAAAUUGAUAAAGAACAUGACAAAGAUAACUAUGGAAUAAUCGAUAUUUGGAGCUUAGUUCAAUGUCUUGCCCUUGAUGUGAUUGGUGAAACUGCCUUUGGUGAAUCCUUUAAUAUGAUUGAAAACAAUAGUCAUUUUGUUCCUGCUGCUAUAGUUGAAGAAAUGAAAUUAAGCGCUAUUUCAGUUAUGUAUCCUCUUCUUUCUAAACUCUUUUUAAAAAAGUCAAGAAUGAUAAAUCCAAAACUGACCGAGUUUUUAACAGGUAUUAUUAAUCAUCGCUUAAAUAGUGAUAAAGAGGGACGUAAGGAUAUCCUUCAAUUCCUUAUCAAUUCUCAACAAGCAGAGAAUGAAAAUGAUAGAUUGACCCCUGAUGCUAUUAUGGCAGAAACAGUUUUGUUUUUAAUCGCUGGCUCAGAAACGACUAGUAAUUCAAUUGGUUUUGCCAUCAUUGAGCUUUUACAAAAUCCUAAUAAAUUAAAAAAACUAUAUAAAGAAAUUGAUAGCAUUGAAAUGGAAGAAGGUCAAGUCGUUUUCUAUCAUGAACAACUUAAACAUCUUCCUUAUUUAAAUGCUGUCAUUAAUGAAACUUUACGUUUGGAUGCUGUUGCUGCUGGUUCACUUCCUCGAAUUACACAUAAACCUACAGUAUUAGGUCAUUUGAUUUUACCUAAAGACAUCAUUGUCCUCUGUAAUCUGUAUCAUGUUCAAACAGAUAAUAAAUAUUGGCCAAAUCCUUAUGAAUUUAAACCUGAAAGAUGGAUUGAAAAAGACCAGAUAGAAUUAAAUGAUUUAGAAGCCUUUUUCCCUUUCAGCGCAGGAUCAAGGAAUUGUAUUGGUAAAAACUUUGCCCUUCAAGAAAUGCGUAUGGCUUUAGCCAGUUUAUUGAAAUAUUUUGAAAUUGCACCCAUUGAACAAGAGAUAAAAGAUGCACAAGAUCGUCGUUCGUUUGUUACUCUCACAGUAGCAAAAAAUAGUGUUCGUAUUAAAAUUAAGCGAAGAGAUGAAAUAAUGAAGCAGCAGAACGACAACAAAGUCCAUUUAAAAUAAUAUAGUUUAAUAUCCCCUUUAUUUUAUUUAUCUUUUUAUUUUAAUCUGUCAACCGACCUGUAUGCAUCUUUUUAAAAUUGAUAUAUUAAAAACUUGCAGAGUCAAAUGCUCAGAUACAUAAAUAAAUAAAUAAAAAAUAAUAAUUUAUUAUUUCCCUUUUUUUUUCUUUAUAUCAUUUC